AUGGAAAUUGACACAGGAUGCGACUACUGUGGUGCUGCUGAAACGUUAGCUCAUGCCCUUGUUGAGUGUCCAAAAGCAAGAUUUUGUUGGCAGUUUUUUGCUGUUGAACUUCAUAUUGGAAAAUUUUCAAAUUUCUUACAGAUGUUCGAAUAUUUACACAAGGUAUGGGAGAGCGAAUUUUUAGAGAGUUUUAUUAUGUGUAUGGGACUAUGGAGUGUUUGGUCAAGCCGUAAUGAGCUGAAAUGGAAUCAAGUGGAAGAAGGACCUUAUCCUGUGGUUACUCGAGUCAGAAGUAGUCAAUGGUUCCCACCACCUGUUGGUACUUUUAAAAUCAAUUUUGAUGCUACCCUUUUUCCCUCUGUUGGCCAUGGAACUGUCGGCGCUGUCAUUUCAAAUUGCAACAGGGGGUUUGUAUCAGCAGCAACGUCUUCAUUGCAAGGUUGUUCUUCUCCAGCAGUAGCAGAAGCUCAGGCGCUAAGAAAGCAAAAUAAAACCAAAACUUUUAAAAUAAACUUUGAUGCCGCUCUUCUCCCCUCUGUCGGCCAUGGAGCUGUUGGUGCUGUAAUCUCAAACUGCCAUGGCGGGUUCGUUUCAGCAGCAACGUCAUCACUACAAGGCUGUUCUUCUCCAGCAGUAGCAGAAGCUCAGGCACUAAGAAAAGUAUUAUCAUGGGUGCUUUCCGGUCAUCCUAAUCUGACGAUUCAGGUUGAGACUGACUGUCUGCAAGUUUAUCAUGCUAUGAAAAGUUCUGCAAACGACUGGUCUGAGUUUGGCGUUGUCAUUUCUGAAUGUAAACUACUAUUAGUCCAAUUGCCUAGUGUCUCCUUGGCUUGGAUUAGAAGACAAGCAAAUGAUAUAGCUCAUGUGUUGGCUAAAUCAGUUCCUAGUGAGGCUUGCUUUCAAAUUUGGGAUGAUGCUCCCAAUUGUAUCGCUCAUUUCUUUCAUUAA